AUCAACAGACAGAACACAGUCAUGAACUCUAAGGUUCUUCUUCUGCUGGGUGUGGUGGCCGUGGCUGCUGGUGACAGUCGUCCCUCCUACAGGGCCCCCUACGCUGCCUCCGCUGAGUCUUUUGAAUCUUACGAGUCUAGUGAGGCUCAGUACAACUUCAACUACGCCGUAAAGCACGACCCCUCCGGCAACGACUUCGGUCACCAGGAGACCCGUGAUGGUGACGACACCCAGGGGUCGUACUACGUGCAGCUUCCCGACGGUCGUCUGCAGACUGUGACUUACUUCGUGGACGGUGACUCAGGCUACAUUGCUGAUGUCAAGUACGAUGGAGAGGCUCGCUACCCUGACUCAUACGAGUCCUUUGAGUCUUUCGAGUCUCGGGAGGCUCCCCGCUAUGCCCCUCCCAGGAGGGUUUAUGGUUGAGUCUUGUGUGUCCAGAAGACGUCCACAGCUUAAGGCUGACACACUGUAUGUCGCCUUACAUAGGAUGAAUGUGUGAUAUAUUUAUUUUAUUGUAUUUGGUGCUUUCAUGAAGAUCAUUAAAAGUGGAUUACUA